UCCCCAAUAUCACGAUCUUUUUUGCGACAAACCCUAGUUAAUAUAUGCGAAAGGGACGAGCACAAUAGCAAAUUGUGGGUAACGGAGAAAACGCCGUAAGGUAGUGGAGGCGUGACACAUUUGGGCUAAAACCUAUCUUCUUUGUCCCUUGCGCCGCUCUCGUCUUCCGUCGUUACCGAUAUGACGGUUUGCUUCAACCCCUGCGAAAAUAUGCUCAUUUCAUCCACUAAUACCGCCGCCGCCGCCACUGCCACCACCUCCACCUCCGCUUUCAUCUCCUCCAAACCAAAGUCUUUCCCUUUCUCCUUAUUCUCACUAAAGAAGUCCAAAAUCACCCACAACUUAUCAGCACCUUCAACCCGCACACAAAACGCUUGUUCCAUUGUCUGCAGCUCUACUAAGAGCACCCAACCAACUGAAACUCAAAAACCAAAUGUCGGUAAGCGAACUGAUAUCAAAAAGAUUAUGAUUCUUGGUGCUGGGCCUAUUGUUAUCGGCCAAGCAUGUGAAUUUGAUUAUUCUGGUACUCAAGCUUGUAAAGCUUUAAGAGAGAAUGGUUAUGAAGUUGUUCUUAUCAAUUCAAACCCGGCUACUAUCAUGACCGACCCGGAUAUGGCUGACAGGACAUACAUUGAGCCGAUGACACCGGAGUUAGUCGAGCAGGUGAUUGCAAAAGAACGACCAGACGCGAUUUUGCCCACCAUGGGUGGCCAAACCGCGCUUAAUCUGGCGGUGGCGUUGGCUGAAAGCGGUGUGCUUGAUAAGUACAAUGUGGAGUUAAUCGGAGCUAAACUUGAAGCUAUCAAGAAGGCUGAAGAUAGGGAAUUGUUUAAGGAAGCCAUGAAGAACAUCGGCCUCAAAACUCCCCCAUCUGGAAUUGGUACUACCCUUCAAGAGUGUCUGCAAAUCGCCAACACAAUUGGUGAGUUCCCUUUGAUUAUUAGACCGGCUUUUACUUUAGGUGGUUCUGGUGGUGGAAUUGCUUACAAUAAACAAGAAUUCGAGACGAUUUGUAAGUCAGGACUUGCAGCCAGUGUCACAUCACAAGUUCUAGUUGAGAAAUCGUUGUUAGGAUGGAAAGAAUACGAGCUUGAGGUUAUGAGGGAUUUGGCAGAUAACGUUGUUAUUAUAUGUUCUAUUGAAAACAUCGAUCCAAUGGGUGUUCAUACUGGGGAUUCAAUCACAGUUGCCCCUGCACAGACUCUGACAGAUAAGGAGUACCAACGCCUUCGUGAUUACUCCAUCGCAAUUAUAAGGGAAAUUGGAGUUGAAUGUGGUGGCUCUAACGUACAGUUUGCUGUGAAUCCUGAAGAUGGCGAGGUUAUGGUUAUUGAAAUGAACCCUCGAGUUUCAAGAUCUUCUGCUUUAGCAUCAAAAGCUACUGGUUUUCCUAUUGCAAAGAUGGCUGCUAAGUUAUCUGUUGGUUAUUCUUUAGACCAGAUUCCAAAUGAUAUCACAAUGAAGACACCUGCUAGUUUUGAGCCUUCAAUCGAUUAUGUUGUCACAAAGAUUCCCAGGUUUGCAUUUGAGAAAUUCCCAGGAUCUCAACCGGUGUUGACAACACAGAUGAAAUCCGUAGGUGAAUCAAUGGCUGUAGGAAGAACAUUUCAAGAAUCUUUCCAGAAGGCAGUGAGAUCACUUGAAACUGGGUAUUCGGGUUGGGGUUGUGCACCAAUCAAAGAGCUGGAUUGGGAUUGGGACAAACUGAAAUACAGUCUUCGUGUUCCAAAUCCUGAUCGAAUCCAUGCUGUAUAUGCUGCAAUGAAACGGGGCAUGAAAGUGGACGCCAUUCAUGAAUUAAGCUUCAUCGACAAAUGGUUCCUCACACAACUUAAAGAAUUGGUGGAUGUCGAGCAAUACAUCAUGUCAAAAACUUUAUCGCAGCUUGAUAAAGACGAGUUUUAUGAAAUCAAAAAAAGAGGGUUUAGUGACAAACAGAUAUCAUUUGCUACAAAAUCAACAGAGAAAGAAGUUCGUGUGACACGUUUGUCUUUGGGAGUUGCUCCUGCUUACAAACGUGUUGACACGUGUGCUGCAGAAUUCGAGGCAGACACUCCUUACAUGUAUUCAUCUUAUGAUUAUGAAUGCGAAUCAUCUCCAACUAAAAGAAAAAAAGUUUUAAUCUUGGGUGGUGGACCCAAUCGAAUUGGUCAAGGGAUUGAAUUUGAUUAUUGCUGCUGUCAUGCUUCAUUUGCCCUUCAGGAGGCAGGCUAUGAAACGAUCAUGAUGAAUUCAAAUCCCGAGACUGUAUCAACCGAUUAUGAUACGAGUGAUCGACUUUACUUUGAGCCACUCACAGUUGAAGAUGUUCUUAAUGUAAUCGACAUGGAACGUCCCGAUGGAAUCAUAGUCCAAUUCGGAGGUCAAACUCCAUUGAAGCUCGCACUUCCCAUUCAAAACUACCUCGAUGAACACAAGCUUCCAUCUUCUUCCAAUUCCGGGUUCGUUCAAAUCUGGGGGACAUCACCCGAUUCCAUCGAUGCAGCUGAGGAUCGAGAGCGGUUCAAUCUGAUUCUAAACGAACUAAAAAUCGAACAACCGAAAGGCGGAAUCGCGAAAAGUGAAGCCGAUGCUCUCGCAAUCGCAUCGGAAAUCGGGUAUCCGGUUGUUGUCAGACCUUCAUAUGUGUUAGGAGGUCGAGCAAUGGAGAUUGUUUACAGUGACGAAAAGCUAAUCAAGUACCUCGAAACCGCGGUUGAAGUGGAUCCGGAUCGACCCGUUUUGGUGGACCGGUACUUAUCAGACGCGAUCGAGAUCGAUAUUGAUUCCCUCGCGGAUCUACACGGGAAUGUCGUGAUCGGCGGAAUCAUGGAACAUAUCGAGCAAGCCGGAGUCCAUUCCGGUGAUUCCGCUUGUAUGAUUCCGACCAAAACCGUUUCCGCUGCGAGUCUGGAAACAAUCAGAAAUUGGACUACAAAAUUAGCUAAACGGUUGAACGUUUGCGGGCUUAUGAACUGUCAAUACGCAAUCACGAAUUCCGGAGAUGUUUUCUUGCUCGAAGCGAAUCCGCGGGCUUCCCGAACAGUCCCUUUCGUGUCAAAAGCGAUCGGGAGGCCAUUAGCUAAAUACGCUUCACUUGUAAUGUCGGGGAUUUCACUUCCUGAUUUGGGUUUCACAAAAGAGGUUAUACCAAAACAUGUAUCAGUGAAAGAAGCUGUUCUUCCAUUUGAGAAGUUUCAAGGGUGUGAUGUGUUUUUAGGGCCUGAGAUGCGUAGUACGGGUGAAGUGAUGGGGAUUGAUACGGAUUUUUCAAUUGCUUUUGCUAAAUCUCAGAUAGCUGCGGGACAGAAGCUACCGGUUUCAGGGGCUGUGUUUUUGAGUUUGAAUGAUAUGACGAAGCCUCAUUUGGGGAAGAUUGCUAAGGCUUUUUUGGGGAUUGGGUUCACGAUUGUUUCAACUUCAGGAACUGCUCAUGUUCUUGAGAUGGAUGGGAUUCCAGUUGAGAGAGUGUUGAAGUUGCAUGAAGGGCGUCCACAUGCAGGUGAUAUGGUUGCUAAUGGACAGAUUCAGUUGAUGGUGAUCACCAGUUCCAAUGAUGAUCUUGAUCAGAUUGAUGGGCGUCAAUUGAGGAGGAUGGCUUUGGCUUACAAGAUUCCCAUCAUAACAACCGUUUCUGGGGCUUUGGCUACUUGUGAGGCUAUCAAAAGCAUGAAAACCAAGAAGUUUAAAAUGGUGGCUCUUCAGGAUUAUUUUGCAAAACAGGAGGAACAACCUAUUGGUAAGAGUGCUGCAGCAAUCUCGAGGGAGUUGUAGGUCUUUGCUGCCACUGAUUUUGUUCUUUUAGAUAUUUAUUUUUGUGUUUUCGUUGGUUUUAUCUUAUGUUUGUUUGAUGAUGAUGAUGUUAUUUAUGAUCGGGAUCUGUUAAUUUUUCACCUUUUUUGUGUUGCUUGUUUUAAUAAACGAGACGUAAUAAAGGUGGUGUUUUUAUGUUAA